AUGCAUUAUUUACCUGAAAUCGACGCCGAUAUUCCCAAUCUGGAUAUUCUUAGUCUAGUAUUUGACUCCCCGUAUUGUUGGGCAAAGAGCGAAACUGUUAUUCAUGCAGAAGCGGGCAAUGAGAUAAACCAUAUCACCAAAGCUGAGACCGCCGUCAUCGUCCGCCGAUUGGCUUUUGUUUUGAGGAAUGAAUUUGGGCUGGGGAUUUCAGGUGCAGGCAAAGAUGUGGUGACUUGCAUUUGCUCAAAUCAUCUCCUGUCUCCAUCGAUUUUCUUUGCUGUCAUUGCAAGUGAGAGUAUAUACUCCGCUGCCUCCACUGCAUUGACAACAAGAGAGCUUGUCCGACAGCUGAAGAGUAGCAAAAGCAAUCUCGUUAUUGCCACUGAAGAUACGGCUUCUAUAGCUAUUGAGGCGGCCAGGAUAUCCAACAUCGCUCUGGACCGUGUGCUGAUCCUUCGCUCUAUGGGUGCUGACAGGGUCUUGAACCCGUCCGUUGAUAGCAGUCGAAAUUAUCUCAAAGAUACAAGGCAAUUUGCCUGGGCAAGAAUCAGUGAAGAAGACGUUCUGAGGAAUAGAGUGGUCGCCCUACUCUACUCCAGCGGUACCACAGGUGUGCCAAAAGGCGUACGAAUCUCACACAAGAACUUUGUGUCCGAGGCCAUCAUCACUCAGACAGCCAUUGAGACCUACCUCAGUCGCUCCGGACGACAGAGCCGCUCGGACUUUCAGUAUCGCACCAUUGCACACCUUCCUUCUGCCCACAUUUCUGGACUGCAAGGCUACUUCAUUAACGGUACAAUGAUGGGUGGGACGGUGUUUUGGAUGGCCAAGUACGUUUUUGACGACUUUGUUCGCGCAGCGAAAAGACACCGGCCCACCUUCGUUUCCACUGUACCUUCUGUAUACUUGCGUAUUGCGAAAAGUGCGUCCGUAUCGGAUGAGUUCCACAGCCUUGAGCAUGCCCAGUCAGGUGCUGCCCCAAUGGGUCCACAGCUACAGAAGUUGGCCGAGUCUAAACUCAAGUGCAAGAUAAGUCAGGCUUGGGGACUUACCGAGACUACAGGGGCAGUCACUUGGCUUCCUUGGGAUCGGGAGGACAGUACUGGCAGUAUCAGUCAGCUGUUACCAAACACGCGGCUGAAGAUUGUUGACGAAAGCGAACACCCUGUCCCGGAUGGUCACCCGGGCGAAAUUCUGGUUCGUGGCCCCAACGUUACGGCCGGGUAUUGGGGAAAUGACAAAGCCACAGCAGAAGCCUUUACUGUAGAUGGGUGGUUUCGUACAGGGGAUAUCGGCAUUCGCAAGGAUGGCAAGUUUUAUAUCGUCGAUCGAAAGAAGGAGUUGAUAAAAUUCAAAGGGUUGCAAGUAGCUCCAGCGGAGAUCGAGGCAGUUCUUCUCGAACACGAUCAAAUUCUGGAUGUUGGUGUUGUAGGGAUCCCAGACCCUCAGAUUGCCGGCAAUGAGAUCCCACGCGCAUUCGUUGUCCGAAAACCCGGAAAGAGCCCGAUAAAUGAGGAAGAUGUUAAAAUGCAUGUGCACAAUAAUUUAGCCUCUCAUAAACAGCUGCGGGGUGGUGUCAGAUUCACAGACCUCAUUCCUCGCAACUUGUCUGGGAAGAUACUGCGCCGCAAGUUAAUUCAGCUUGAGGAGUACGAGCGACCCUCUAAGCUGUAG